GCCCGCAGCCGGUUCCAGCUGCGCGCAGGACCGGUCCUGCUUCUCCAGUCGGCAGCAGCUCUCCGUCCCACCGCCACGCUGCGAUGAAACACAAGUGGCUGCGAGAGAAAGAAAAAAGGAACCCCAAAAACCAACAAUUGAAAUUUUCAUAAAUAUUCUUUAUUAGUAACAAGCGUCGAGGAAGUACAGCUGAUGGAAGCGACUUCUUCCAUGGAUUUUUCCCCCGAGGUUACAAGCGCUCAAACCAGCGGCGGAGGAAGAACGCCUUCAGAGGAGGACAGGAGCCAAUCAGCCGAGGCGAAUCAAAGAUAAACAAGCCUUAUGAUAAAGCAAACUCUGAAGACGCUUUAUUUGUCAGCAUCUCAGUGGCAAUGCUUUGAAGUAUAUUAUCAGUCACUCAGGGCUGCCUCUGAGGGUUUCUGCCUCCAUUGUCUACCAGCCGGAGGUGGGAUCAUCGCACCUCAGUGCACCCGUGGCAGCCGGGGUUGAAGGUUAGCCUCAGCAGAGGUUCCUGCAGAUUAUUGGCAAGCAGGAUAAUCCAGGCUGCCUGCCGGCCCAGUGAGCUAUCAUGCUAGCCUGUAUCCAGAGACAGCAGAACUUCUCCUCGCAGCAUUUGGCAUGCACACCGAAAAGCUUCGAUGUUCCGCCCUCGUCUCUAUUGCUCCCAGUCCCGCCACCUCAAGCGUGCACCCGGAAAGGAGAGCCUGGCACCAGGAUCUCUCGGUACCCGUCUCCUGCAGAGUUGGAUGCUUUUGCUCAGAAAACCGCCAACAGCCCGCUCUCCAUAAAAAUCUUUCCAUCUGACGUACGGGUGCCACAACACAAGCAGCUUAACAAAACUGUGAAUGGCUUGGACACCACCGGACAUCGUUACAGUCCCUACUGCCAGCCUAACUCAGGAGGCUACCAGGGCUUGUUGGCCAUCGUCAAAGCCUCAGUGGCGGUCAAAGGUGUUGUGAAAAAUUCUGAGGGCAGGAGGACUAAACAUAAUAACUCUCAGACGGCACCAUAUAACAAUCCCCUGAAUAAUAGCUGCACAGUCAGACACGGGCAUGAGGCCUAUAACACGGGUUCAUGUAAGCCCACAGAUUUACCUGUUGAAGCACUUUGUUCUACUGCAGGAAUGGCCUCCAAAGAUCAGAGCCUGGCCUCCCAGCCGGAGCUGGCAGAGGUUCAAAGCCUGAUGAGGCGGAUGAGCAGAGUUCCCCACAGCCAGGUCCCGCAGCUGGGGGGGGUGGCUCAGUUCAGCCCCUCGCUGCAGGCUGUAGCUGCAGUGGCGCAUUCAGGAUCAGGCUUGGUCUUUGGAGUGCCGCCCCAGAGCAGCCGGGCCUUUCCAGGAGCAGUUCUACCUACACAGAAUGCAGACGUGACCAAAACUGGAUACUUUGAGAGGGAAGACUACACGAUGUGGCAGCCCUAUCGGCAGGAAGCGUUGAGGAUGUACGGCAUGAGUAAUGGAACUCAGACCUGCAGAACAGCAGAGGCCGGGGUCGGGUCUCCUGAAACCUGCCUCCCUUUACCGGGCUCAUCACAGCUGCCUUACAGGCAGAACCUUGGAAAUGUUGGUGCUGUCGUGCAGAAAGAGCAGGCUAUCAAACAGUACUUCGCUCCCCUCUGGGACAACCGGAGCAGCGAUGUUUACUCCUCUCAGGUGUUGGGAACGACUACUUGUGCAUCCAAGCCCAGACAUGUGGAGGUGUCCCAUCCUCAUCUUCACCCAAACUGCCAUCAACCAAACCAGCUCCAUCCACCUGUCCCUCCCCAUCAUCCUAAUCAACACUACCAUCAUCUUCAUCAUCAGGCUCAAGCCUACAGCGCAGAGCAAAACCUCUCCUGUGGGCUACCGGCUUUCAGCCUGUGCCACACUGCAGUGCUCAGCAGCAGCCUGCAGUCUCUGGAGUGCCUCAUCAGUGAGAUUCAGCCUCCCUGCAUCAAAGAGCGCAUGCUGGGCCACGGGUACGAAGCCAUGGUGGGGAUGCCUCAACUGCUGGAGCAUCAACAGGACAUGCAGCUCCCCGUCUACAUAUAAAGGGGUGCUCUGGAACAUUCAAUAAAUACGCAAGCCUUUUUAGUUGUGCAUGUAUUUGUAGAAGGCUGUGUGUUUCACAGAUGCAGGUUUACUCUACAGAUUCUUCUAUUUUUGGCUUCCGUUGAUUUAACAAUAAAGCUUCACAUUUUGUAUUUGCCUUUACAAAUACUAGAAAAGCAAUCUGAGAGCGUAGAGUCCCGCCAAUCACCUAAUUUUGCUCCAUAUUGUAACCUACACCUAUGGCUAAACCUCACAAAUGAUCUGGAUCAUUACCAAACGUACCGCUCUCACCUUUUUCAUUCCCUCUGCUUUCUUGUUUGAUCAGUAGACUGA